AUGGCCGAGACACGAGAUGGUGAUAGCACAUCUGGAAAUCGACGUAAGGGCAGGGGAAAGCGUAUAAUGGCAACCGUAGAGGCAGAGCCAGUGGUAGCAGCAAUGGCUCCAUGUGGGGCAUGCAAGUUUUUGAGGAGGAAGUGCAUUAAUGGGUGUAUCUUUGCUCCCCACUUUGGCUCGGACCAAGGAGCAGCUCGGUUUGCAGCUGUGCACAAGGUAUUUGGUGCAAGUAACGUAUCAAAGCUCUUGUUGCAUAUACCAGUGCACCAAAGACACGAUGCUGUGGUUACAAUAUCAUAUGAAGCUCAGGCCAGGUUGUCCGACCCAGUUUAUGGUUGUGUGUCCACAGUACUUGCUUUACAACAGCAGGUGGCAUCUCUGCAAGCCGAGCUGGCUAUGGUGCAAACACAACUUAUAAACAGUAGGUUUGCAUUCGCAAAUUCCCUUCAGAACUCGCAACAACAACAGCGGCAAAACAUUGCAGUGCUGCAACCAGCGUAUUCCAACAACUCUUCUGCUUCCAAUAACCUCAUCAGCAUGAGUGCCUUCACCUCAAAUUUCGACAUUGUAGCAGAGACUGCACCAUCCCCACACAGCUUAGAGCCUUUGCUGCUUUCAAGACCGUCCCAAGAUGAGGAAGAAGACGAGGAAGAGAGUCACAUUCCGCAUGUGUUUGGCAAUGAGAUACUACAUCGGAGUUGA